AUGGUGCUAUCUCAAACUUGUUAUGUAUCAGACCUUCUCGAGCAUGCCUCCAUCGGUUCAUGCAAAUCCAUCUCCACACCAUUGCCUUCCAAAGGACGCACUGAACCAUCCUCAAAUGAACCAUACAACGAUCCUACUCACAAACGGAACUUGGUUGGUGGUCUUCAGUACCUAACAUGCACACGUCCAAAUCUUUCUUAUCGUGUCAAUUAUGCAUGUCAAUUCAUGCAUGCACCAACGAUUGAAAAUUUCAAGCUUGUCAAGCGUAUCUUACGCUACGUGCAUGGUACUGCUGACUAUGGUCUUCAGAUUCUCUCCUCCAACACUUUGGACGUAUACGCCUUCUCUGAUGUCGACUGGGCUGGUUGCCCCACCACUCGCCACUCCACCACCGACUUCUGCACAUUUCUUGGUAGCAACUGCAUAUCUUGGAAUACCAAAAAGCAGCCAACCGUAGCUAGAUCAAGCACUGAGGCCUAA